GAGAAUACGCCACGAAAACAAAAUGUCUGCUUCCAUUGAUGUUACCGAGUCGGUAGAAAUUAUGACACAUUUUGCUGUUUUCAUCGUUGAUUUUUACUCAUUCCUUACAUCAUCGGUUGUGGACUAACUCUGAGAAGUUCUUACAAUUAUGGCUUGUUGAACAGUGACAAUAUGGCUGGCCUGUAGGGCCGUACUUUAGGCUGGCUGUGAAGCCAGCCUAGCAUCAAUGUUGUGCUGCUAGCAAGGCUCAAUUUUUCUAACUCCAUUCUACAAAGCACGAAAAAAAAAAUGUCACGUAUGUUAGAGUCAGAAUGCACUGUAAAGUGUCGCUCCAGAAAACAUGCUCUUGAAGUGAAUGUUUCUAUUACCAAAGGAACAUUGCAGCAGAUUCAGUCAUUUGCUCGUCUGUGCCAUCAUGGAACCGAGUUGUGUGAUUCUGCCGGAAGACUGGCGUUGCACAUGGCAGCGUCUUGCGGGAAGCGUGACGUCGUUGAGUGGCUUAUCAUGGAGAAACAUGCAGACCAAACAGCUAAGGACUCAGAGUCCGGGUGGACGGCUCUACACAGGUCUCUCUUCUACGGAAACAUUGAUGUAGCCCGGCUUCUUAUUCAGCAUGGGAGUGAUAUGUACAGCAGGGAUAACGAAGGACUAGGCUCUCUCGAUAUCGUGAUGAAAGACCGACCACAACAGAUAUCGUUCAGUUCUAAAGAACCGAAUGAGUUGUAUGCCUGGGGUGAUAAUGCCAACUUUAACCUUGGUCAUGCCAGUGGACACCGACGCCCAGUGCCAGAAGUAGUGGAUCAGUUCAAGAAACUUAACAUUUCAAUAAAACAGGUGGUGAUGUGUAAAUAUCACACAGUGUUUCUGUCACAGACAGGUCAAGUGUACACAUGUGGUCAUGGACACGGCGGAAGACUCGGUCACAACGAUGAAGUCACCUGUUUGAUUCCCAAGUUAGUAGAUUGUGUCGGUGCCCUUGUGUGCACUCAGGUAGCUGCUUCUCGCGACCACACUGUACUGCUUAUGGAAAGUGGAAAUGUUUACACUUGUGGUCUGAAUGAUUGCCAUCAGCUAGGACAGUUUCCUGCUCCAGAGAAGUCUUUGACGCCCAAACAGGUGAAUACCAAGGUUCUGAAAGGUCGGAAAAUUGUUGGUGUCUGUGCUGGUCGAUUCCACACUGUCUUAUACACAUGUGAUGCAGUUUACACAUUUGGUCUUAAUGCUGGCCAGUUAGGUCACCCGAAGGCCGACCGUCAACAGAGUCACCUGCGACAAGUGUCGGCACUGAAUCACGCUGACAUCUCUUUUCUCUAUGUGACCUGUUCUGAUGCAGCCACUGUUUGUCUGACAGUGAGGGGAGAUAUUUAUGUUCUACAUGAGUACCAGUGUCGGAAGAUUGCUUCACGCUGGACCGAUGUCAGCAAGCUGUUGGUUAGUGGUGGGAACCUGGAUCACAGCACGGAUCUCGAUGUCCUGCGGGAUAAGGGAGGAUCGGAGUUGAUUAUCGCCCUUCUCAAUACCACAGGCAAGGUGUUCUUGUGGAGGGCUGCUAGCCCAGUGUUAAAGCGCUGUCAGUGGGCUAUUCGACGCCAGCUGUACGUCACUGACGUGGUCAUCGGUGGAUCAAACCUGGCGUUUGUCACGGAUCAGGCCGAGGCAUUCAUCGGAUUCUGGUCACAGAAAAAGACAGCAUCACAGAAGGAAAUCUCUACUCUUCAAAAUAAAGAUUGUGACGAGUUUGGAAAGAUGACCCUGAUUGACCUGCUGCUGAAAGACGAAGUUGAAGAUGUUCCCGUUCGGCGAGUCCCCAACGCUCACCGCGCCACCACCAUACACUGUGAUACGCAGGGAUCCAACUUCACACUUCUCCAGGUGAUCCCGAAUUGCUGUUUGUCUGAUCUGCCCUCUGUGACCAGCUCCGAGAUGAGUCGAAACCUGCAGGUGGUGAUGGAUGAAGCAGACGAGUAUGACAGCAUUCAUGACAUUGUGGUCCAGACUAGAAACAAAAGCUGGCCAGCACACCAGUACAUCUUGGCCUCUCGUAGCGAUCACUUCAGGAAGUUUGUGUUUGGUUUGGCAAGACAGAACACACUGAAUGACAAGCCUGUCAUCGCCAUUGACGACGUGCAGCCUGAGAUAAUGGAACAGAUCAUCAAGUUUAUCUACACCGACACAUGUGAUCUGCUCACCCCUGGGGCCAGGUUUGACCACAUCAUGUCACCACUGAAAAACAAGCACGGGGAGAAGUGUUUUGAUGUUGAUUCGGGCAUCUCAGACGAAUCUGAUUUGAUUACACUGGAAAAGAAAAGAAUGUCUGCGUACGAAGUUCAGCUGAAGAAGAAAAAGGCUGGUAAGAAUGUGAAGGACAAAGAAGAUUCGACGUACACCGGCAGGAAUCCCAUCAAAUUACUGCAAGAGGUGGCCAAGAAGUUAGGUGUAAAGGGCUUAUCGAAGAGACUUGAGGCUGUGAAGUUUGUGAAUGGUGUGGUCCAAGCAGCAAACAAAUAUCUAGCUACACCAAAGGUGAAGUUUGAACGCACAAAACUAUCUGAGUUACAUGAUGUGUGUAUCAAAGCUGACGAUAACACCACAGUACAUUGUCAUAAGUGUAUUCUGGUUGCACGACUCGAGUACUUCCACAGUAUGCUAGGGAGCGGCUGGAUUGAGACUUCCGACACAAGAGCCCUGAGCCUGCCAAUUCCUGGAGACAUUCUGUUGUUACUUCUUGACUUUCUCUACACAGAUGAAUCGGUCAUUUUGUCAGAUUGUUGCGAUGCCGAGUUGCUGUGUAAUGUUCUGGUGGUAGCUGACCAGCUUCUGGUAAUCCGACUGAAAGAAAUCUGUGAGGUGUCACUGGUAAACCUGUUAAAUUUCCGCAACGUGGCCGAGUUGUUGGAGUUUUCCUCUGUGUAUAAUGCUGAUCAGCUGAAAGCCUCUUGUCAACAGAUGAUAUCUCUCAAUAUGGCUGCUCUUCUCGAAGGAAGAUAUCUUGAUGUACUGAGUGAUGAAACUAUUGGUGAACUGAAGGAGUAUUACAGAAAUCUGAUACCGGGAAUGGCUCGACGUUUGGUCACUCCUUUUGAUGAGAGUCCAAGCCGAGACUACCUAGAGAGUCUGCCGAGUUGUUGCCAUGACAACAGCGUAACCCCUGGCUACGAGCAGCUAUCAAGGAAGAAGAAGAAGCGACGUAGCCGCACCCAGAGUGUGACAGAGGAUGUGGAUAGGAGUGAUGGGGCGGCGGUCGAACGACAGAUCUCCGUCAGUUCUGACAUCAGCAUUGACGACGACCCAGCCGGGUCGAACCCAGACACAGUCUUCACAACAAGUCUAGUCACAGACAUAGCCUUGCAAGCAGCACAACCAAAGGAACAGAAACACACAAGUGCCUUUAUUCAUGUGCCAAAGAGAAACAUAUCUAGUCCAUGGGGUUACAAGAGUCCCUCAUCCCCCUUAUCUCAGGGCCCGAUUCUCUCCCCACCAGGACACCCUGCUGCCAGCCCCGAGAGUCCGGGUUCAACUCUGCGAGACAUCAUGGCUGCUGAGGAGCAACAGCAGAACAAACAGCAUUCACUGGGAAAGGGAGUUUCUCCUGGCAAGUUUUCUUGGAAGGAUGUAAAGAAGCAGCAGAGCCAGCGAGAACAGCAGAGCAGGUUGAAGAAAGACAACUCGGAGGUCAGUGAGAAGGAAAUCGGUCCGGUGUCGCAGUCGCCCAAACCCAGCAUCUGUCCAUGGGGUUCAGUAAACAAGGUUGUCAAUUCGUUCCGAAACCUGAUAAUUGAGGAGAAAGUGCACACAACUGUGAAACCUGACACUUCUGUUGCUUCAAAAGACAUGGGAAACGUCUCACUGAGUAGACAGUCCGAGCAACAGCGACAGAUGAGUAUUCCUGUGGUCUGCAGGUCUGAACCUCUGAUGAUACCAAACACUUCCCAGAAUGCCUGGCUGACUGGUCACAUUCCCAGCCCACCCCAGUCGAGUGUCAGCUUCUCGGACAUCGUCAAGGACGAACAGCAGAGGAGAGAAACUCUCGACAGAGCAUCGAAAAAACCACUCGGACUCAUCCAGGUGGAAGAACAGGCAAUGCACGAACUACUUCAGCACUACCGAGCGUACGGCUGUCCCACAGAGCACAUCACAGUGGAGCGUGUCCCCCAGGCUCUGGCCACGCCCUUGUGGAAGAGGGACAGCCAGGGAGCCUGUGGGGGACAGUAACGAUUAUUAGCAAGAGACAGACAGGGUGCUACACAUAAAUGAAAGAGACAAGUUGCUUUAUUUGCUUCAGUGUUGGAGAGCUUAUUGGGGACUGUAACGCAUAUUGCAGACAGACAGCAAGGGUUCAGCUCCAAGGUGGAGAAACAGACUACUGUGGGGACACCCAUCUAUAGUCCGUUACAUCCUCCUACAAAAAUGUUUUUUGUAAAUAAUUUUAAGUUUGACUCAAGUUUGCUUAAUUUACAAACCUGUAACAAAUUUGGAUACAACAGAGUGAAACAAGAGUCUGUGACAUUGAAAUAUCCU